GUCUGUAUAUGUAUAAAUAUGCAAUGAAUUGCUUCCAAGUCUUAAAAUAAUAACUAAUUUAGUUGAGAAUCGCGUUUCAAAAAUAUAUAAGACGUUACAAUCAUUAAAUUAAGCUUUUGUCAUAUUCGCAAAGGAAAUACUGAACAUGAAAAUUGCGUUAGGUAGCUUUUGUGUAGCUGUUCUACAUUUGACACAAGCGAUGUGGUUUAAUACGGCGUCAAAAAAUAACUUUCUAGAUGAAAUGGCUCAUGUGCAGAAUAUGUCACAGUGGUGUAAACUUCUUAACAUAGAGGAUUGUGAAAAAGUGAUCAAUUCUGUACCUACAUCAUUGAUAGAUGAAAAUUGGAAAGUACUAGAAAGGUUUGAAAACGAUUUCACAGGAAAUGUACCGGAAGCAAACUUCGAUACAUGUUCAUCAAGUUUACAAACGGUAAUGACGCCAAAAAGGCCGGGAUAUUCCGUAUGGCCACCAUGUACACUUGCAUUCAGAUGUUCCGGUUGCUGCACGAAUGCUAUUAAUUCUUGUCAACCCGUUACCACCUCGGAGAAGCAAGUAAAGGUAAUUUACACCAAGCUACGAAAUCCGGGACAUAGACAUGUCAUUGGAGAUAUUGACAUUAGUCUUGUGUCGAUAACCGAGCACAACGACUGUAUGCCAAAAUGUAAAACAAAAGAAGAAGAUUGUCAUACAUUUCAGAAGUAUGAGCCGAAUAUAUGCAGCUGCGUCUGUCGGCCUGAGAGAGAAAGCCUUCGAAAAACCUGCAAAGGGAAACAAAUCUGGGAUGAGGAGGCAUGUAAUUGUGUAUGUGUAAAUAUGAACACGACUAAAUGUCCGUCAUCUUCUUAUUUCAGCACAGAGACUUGUCGCUGUGAACUUAAGUCCAGUGCCAACGGUGAAACUUAUAUAAGUCAACUCUUGAAACGCAUGAAAACUGACUUACUCCGACAAGACAAUCUGAAGGAAAAUCAACACGUCAGUAAAGAGAUUGAAGUGAAAAUGGUUGCUGGGAGGGUAACAGUGUUUGGAGAAGAAAUGCUGGAAGAAAAUGUCAAUGACAAGAAGGGUGGUCAUGGAAUUCUUAAAGAUGGUGACGAUGACGACUAUAACGAUGACGAUACUAGUGAUGAUAAAGAUGACGAUGUUGAUGACGAAACAAUGCUGGUGCAUAACGAGACGACUUAA